AUGGACGCGGUGGUGGCGUGCGUCGGCGGUGGCUGCCCGGGAGCUGCGGCGGUGGCAGUGGGGUGCGCCCUGCGCGCUUGCGGUCUCCCAGCUGGCCGCCCGUUCGCAGCCGACCUGGCCGCGAGUCCCCGGGGCGCGACCGCCGUGGUGGGCGCGCUCCUGCGCUGCGCGGCUGCGGCCCGGGCGGCCGGCCCCGAGGACAGUCGCGACGGCCUGCGUAUGGCGAACGCCGCAGUACUGGCCGGGCUGCUGCUGACGAGGAUUUCUGCGGACGCCUGCGAGGACGAUGCUGAGGCUGACGACGCGGCAGAGCGGCAGUGUCAAUAUUUGGAGGAGACUGUUGGACCCAAACUCAACGACAACAUUGAGAAGGCGCAUGCGGCGGCCGAGGCUGGGCUGCUGCGGCUGGGUGCAGCCGGGGGACGAGGGGGCGCGCUGGCAGCGGACGCCGCAGCUGCCCUGGGCUUCCUGCGGCGCCGCGAGGCGCCACCGCCGCUGCCGGGGCCGGGGGCCCUGCCGCGGGCCCCGGGUCGGCGCUGCCUGGCGUGCGGCAAGGGGCGUGGUGACGGGGUGGCGCUCAGGCGCUGCAACGGCUGCAGGGCGGAGGGCGUGUUCUACUGCUCGGUGGAGUGGUGA